AGUUCCUCUCACGUUCAGAGGCUAGCUAUGGCAGAGUUUAUGCACAUUCAGGACUCCAGGCACAGUUCACAGAACAAUCUUUUCUGUGUACUAAAUGAGGACAUUAACAAGAAACCAUCACACAAACUGAAAGGUCGCUUUUGGAAUAAAAAGUUUUGCUUUCUUCUGAUGUGUGGCACUGUCAUACUCUUCAUGGCUCUGUUAAUUACAGUAUCUGUAAAAUUGCAGCACCAGUACAGUAAAGUGACCGAGGUAGAGAAUGAAGUGGCCAAUCUGACAUCUUCUUUAGCUUUGCUUUCUUCAAACCAACAAGAUACAUCGCGACACCAAAACAGUAAACUGACUGAGGUAGAGAAUGAAGUGGCCAAUCUGACUUCCUCUUUAGCUUUGCUUUCUUCAAACCAACAAGAUACAUUGCAACACCAAAACAGUAAACUGACUGAGGUAGAGAAUGAAGUGGCCAAUCUGACUUCUUCUUUAGCUUUGCUUUCUUCAAACCAACAAGAUACAUUGCAACACCAAAACAGUAAACUGACUGAGGUAGAGAAUGAAGUGGCCAAUCUGACUUCUUCUUUAGCUUUGCUUUCUUCAAACCAAAAAGAUACAUUGCAACACCAAAACAGUAAACUGACUGAGGUAGAGAAUGAAGUGGCCAAUCUGACUUCUUCUUUAGCUUUGCUUUCUUCAAACCAAAAAGAUACAUUGCAACACCAAAACAGUAAACUGACUGAGGUAGAGAAUGAAGUGGCCAAUCUGACUUCUUCUUUAGCUUUGCUUUCUUCAAACCAACAAGAAACAUUGCAACACCAAAACAGUAAACUGACUGAGGUAGAGAAUGAAGUGGCCAAUCUGACUUCUUCUUUAGCUUUGCUUUCUUCAAACCAACAAGAUACAUAUGACAGAUUUAUGGAGAUGGUCGGUGAACUGAAAGCUGAUCUGGAUAGCAGAAUAACAAAUUUGACUCAACAUAAACCUGUUCUGAGCUGUAAAGCUGGGUGGCAACCAUUUCUUUCCAACUGCUAUGAAUUUUCCAGUCAGAAAUUGAGCUGGCAAAAGGCACGCUCAUACUGCAGUGGAAAGGGCACUCUGAUGCUCAUCCUGGGGAAUGACUCCAGGGAGUGGGAUUUUAUUGUGCAACACGCUGUUCGUUCAUCUGAAUCCUACUGGAUUGGUCUUACAGAUAUGAUAACUGGACAUUGGAGAUGGGUUGAUGGAACACCCUACACCAUGAACAGCAGUCAGUGGGAACCAGGAGAACCAAAUAAUUGGAGGGGUGAAGAGGACUGUGGAGAACUAACAGCAUCUGGGAAACUGAAUGAUGGCAACUGCUCAAAGAAUUUCAGAUUCAUCUGUAAAGCACCAGCCAGUGAAAACUAACCUAUUAAUGUGGCUCUGUUAUAAACAGUAGGAAAGUAGGCCUGCUGAUAUUCUGAGAAAUAUGCACAAGUGGGACAGUGGAAGAUUUUUAAAUACAGUAUAUGACAUUGAAUGUACAACUUAUAAGUAAAUAAGUGAGCGGGGUGGGGGGGCUUUUAUAUUAAAUACACAAUGUUUGAACCUGCUAUACUGCAGCAGGACUAUGGCAUGUUCACACAGGAGAGCAGGAGCCCUGGGGAUUUUUCUUUUAGUGUUUUCCCGAGUCAGUAGAAAGGUUGCUUACUGUUAUAUGACUGUGACUUUGAUUACAUACUGCCUGUUUGUGUUCCAAAGGUGCAUGUGCAAUAAGUGUUAUGUUUCAUUGUACAAGCAUUACAAAUUCUUUAAACCCUUUCCAAUAAAGAUUUCUAAAGCUAAUUUGGAUUUUUAUUUAACUUUAAAAAUUGGCUUUAAAAUACAGCAUCAUAAAAAAUAAAAUAUUAAAACCCCUUACCUGUCACCCCACAUUUUCAGAAUGGAGACACAAAUUACACACCCAAA